AUGGUUAAUAAAUUAGAAAUCAGAGAUCAAUCGUGGAAGGCCUAUAACUAUACACCUUCAAAGGCAGCAGCAGCAGUUUUUGUUGUGUUAUUUGGAUUGAUAACAAUUUUUCAAGCUUACCAAAUUGUGAAGACGAUGACUUCAAAAAAUUAUUCUAGAAAAGAAAAGCAUGUGCUAUGGAUUAUGCUUCCUUUUUUAUUAGGAGGAAUCUUUGAAAUUAUUGGAUAUAUUGGAAGACUCAUUUCCAGCUCCGAUGUCAAUUCCCUUGGACCAUAUAUUAUCCAAUCUGUUCUUGUGUUAGUUGCACCUGCAUUAUUUGCCGCUACCCUCUACAUGUCCCUUGGAAGGUUAAUUGCACGUUUGGAAUGUCAAAGAUACUCAAUUAUCCCAUUGAAGUAUUUAACAAAGAUCUUUGUGAUUGGUGAUGUGGUGUCCUUCUUCAUGCAGGCAGGUGGAGGAGGUAUUAUGGCCUCAGGUAAAACAGAGUCAUCCAUGACAACUGGAAAGAACGUAAUUGUUGGCGGUUUGAUAGUCCAGAUAGUUUUCUUUGGCAUGUUUAUGGUUGUUGAGCUGAUCUUUCAUUAUAGGAUUCUCAAGCAUCCAAACGAAUGUGCUAUGAUGACCAGAAACGUUCCUUCACAAUUCAAUAACUGGAAUUCCGUAUUAUUUACUCUUUUAGCAUGCUCAAUACUUAUAUUCAUAAGAUCUAUAUUCAGGUUGAUUGAAUAUAUUCAAGGAAAUGAUGGGUAUCUUAUUUCGCAUGAAGCAUUUCUUUAUGGUUUUGAUGCAGCGCUCAUGUUCUUGAAUAUGGUGAUCUUCACUUCGCAAGAUAUUGGAAAAUAUUAUGUCUCAUUUCAAGUAAUUAAGUCCAAUAGCGCUGAGGGUGAUAACUAUAGCCCUAAUCCCACUGUAACUGACAAGGAGUCAAUUAUCGGAGAAACAAAAUUUAAUUAA